AUAUAACGUUGCAAAUAGAUACAUAUAUACAAUAUAAUCCGUGCGAACGCAUCGCGCGACUCGUGCUGUCCCCUUGGACAGUAUUGGCGAGUGAAGCUAUUGAAAACUUAUGAUUUGAACAUGGCAGCAGUGCUCUCGGAAUUUUAUUCGCGUGACGGUCGCUCGAUGUGAUUUUAACCGUGCCGAUGAAGUGACAAUAUGAACGAUAAUCUGGCCUCGAGGAGAAAUUCGGGCCUGAUAACAAAGGACAAAGACGCUGGAGUCGCCGUAACAGGACAACCGGACUUUUUACGGGUCAUGACAAUUUAAUGAAAAGUAAGAAUAAUGGAUGGUACACGAGCGGCAGAGGUAUUGCCAUUGUUGCAAGAACGUUUGGCGAUACUACCAGGUGGACGAGAUCGUAGAGGGGGUCCUGUGCUUCUGUUUCCAAGUACACCGAGACGCGAACGUGCGAAACCUGAAGAUUAUAGACGUCUCCUACAAUAUCUAUUUGCCAUUCCAAGCGAUGAAGCUAGAGGCCUACGAUUUACUGUAAUUGUGGAUAUGCGUGGUACUACUUGGGACUCCGUCAAACCCAUCUUGAAGGUAUUACACGAGCAUUUUCAUCGUAUAGUUCAUGUCGCUUUUCUCAUUAAACCAGAAAACUUCUGGCAGAAACAGAGAACUUCGUUAGGCAAGCAGAAGAAAUAUAAUUUUGAAAUUAAUACAAUCAGCUUAGAAGCUCUUGUAAAAGUUAUAGAUCCUUCUCAACUCACCUCAGAUUUAGAUGGAUCUUUGCAAUAUGAUCAUGCUCAAUGGAUCGAUACUAGAUUAGUUGUAGAAGAUUUUACAUGGCAAGCAGCUGAUCUUCUCGAUCGAUUAGAUGACUUGCAAGAGGAUCUUAGUCGAAAUGACUUUGCUGACGAUGUUGCAGGAGCUAAGCAUGGCAUUGAUCUACAUAACGAAAUGAAAAAGAAAAUCAUGAAAGUACCAGUGGAAGAUAUCGAAGUUGUUGGACAACGCCUGCUUCAGCGAUUUAAUAAUAGUGCAACAGCAACAGGGGGAGAAGGAGGAAGUAUCGACAAUGGUGCGGCAAGUUGCGCGGAUUCCGAUGGACGAGCACUGGCUACUCUAGUUAUUCAGCACUUGGAUUCCGUGCAUGCCGCGCAACAGCAUCUACUACAACUAUGGCACAUUAAGAAGAUGAAACUGGAUCAGUGCUUUCAGCUACGGUUAUUCGAACAGGACUGUGAAAAAAUGUUUGAUUGGAUUUGUCACAACCGAGAGGCUUUUCUUGCUAGUUAUGUGGAGAUUGGUCGCUCGUAUCAGUUGGCCAAGAAUUUGCAAGAGGAACAUAAACAUUUUACAAUGAGUUCAAUGAAUGUUUACGUGAAUAUAAAUAAAAUCCUCACAAUGGCUGGUAAAUUAUUGGAGACGCAACAUUAUGCGGCUGGACAUGUACGAGCAGUGGCGGGUCGUCUGGAUCGAGCUUGGAAGGAAUUCGCCGCGGGUCUCGACGAACGUACCGCGGUACUUAGUUUAAGUGUAGUGUUUCACCAUAAAGCAGAACAGUAUGUCGACAAUGUAACUGGUUGGAGUCAAGCGUGCGAAAUUAGCAAUCUGCCCAAUGAAAUUCCAGUGCUCGAGUCUCAUAUUCGCCAGCACCAAACUCUUUACGAGGCAAUGUGUCAGGCAUAUACGGAGGUGCAUAGUACCAGUAAGAAGCUUCUUUAUCAACUGGAUCAUCUUGUGCAAGUCUGUAAUCAACCGCAAGGAAUUGAUCAUGUCGCCAGAAAACAUGGUCAAGACGGACAUAAUAUUGAUAGUUAUACCGGCACGAGUGGUAAUCCGGCGGCUGAUUACAGUGAAGGUGCAUCCCAUGUAUUAGCUGUCAUUCAUCAGAUUCUUGGUCAUCAUAGAGCGUUGGAAGCUCGUUGGCAUGCCCGCAAAGUCAAGCUUCAUCAACGGCUUGCAUUAAAACUGUUUCAAGAAGAUGUAAAGCAAGUUCUCGACUGGCUGACGAAUCACGGUGAAGUGUUCAUUAGAAAAAAUACGGGUGUUGGUCGUAACCUGCAGAAAGCACGCGUCUAUCAAAAAAGUCAUGAACAUUUUGAAAAUGUUGCACAGAAUACUUAUACAAAUGCGACCAAACUGUUGACCGCUGCGGAAGAACUCGCUCAUACAGGUGAAUGCGCGCCCGACGAGAUAUACGCAGUGGCGCAAGAAUUAGAGACUCACGUUAGUAGUUUUGCAGCGAGAGUCGAGCAACGACGUCGCAGAUUAGAUCUGGCAGUAGUAUUUUACACUCAUGAGAAGGAGCUCAUUGGGUGGGUAGAUGAAUUACGUCAAGAAAUGCAACAGGACGAGGUGGCGGAGAAUCUGGAGACAGCGGAAAGACUAUUGGAACAAUGCGCGCAGCAUAGAUCAUCCUGUCUCGAAGCAUGCGCUUCGACGAUAGCUCAAGGCGAAGCUUUGUUGCAAGAACUUCGCGAAGCGGCUGAUGCGCCCGACACAACGGGCUCGAUAUCGGCAGUGGAGUCGGCUUUAGAUAGAUUGGCGAGCCUGCGGCAAGAAUUGGAAGAUUUGUGGGCCACGAAAAAGCUAAGAUUAGAACUAUGCCUGCGAUUACGCGUCUUCGAGCGAGAUGCGUUGGAGGCGAGCGGUCAGUUGGAGAUGUGGGCGCAAGAGUUGCAAGGUCCGCCGCGAGAAGGUUCUCCCGAACAAUUGUUGCGUGUGCAUAAUGACGGAGUUGCUCACAUGCAGAAUACCGCUUUUCAAAUACUUCAUCGUGGUCAGGAAUUGGCACAAGUUUUGGAAGAAGCGGGAGUAUGUAUCAUGGCAGAUGGUCAGCACAGUGCUGCAGCGCGAGUACAGGUGCUUCUCGAGUUUCUAAACGAGAGAGAAUUAGACGCGGAAGACCUCGCAGAAAUGCGAAGGGUACGGUUGGAGCAAGCCUCUCAAUUGCUACAACUGCAGACGGACGCUUCUCACGUGAUCAAAUGGAUACGAAACGGCGAAUCGAUUUUAUUGGCUUCGCUCAGGAUACCAGACGAUUUUGAGGACGCCGAGCAACUGGGAAAAGAACAUUAUCAUUUUCAACUCGCGAUAACAAAUACUCACGCCUCCGCUGUGCAAGUGAAGCAUAAGGCAGACUCUUUAAUAAGCGGGAAUCAUUACGACCCAAAGAGUAUUAGGGAAGUCGCGGAGGACGUUACCAAACGGUGGCAGCAGCUAGUGACUUGUGCGGAAGAACGACAUAAAUUGAUUACCGCCAGUUUAAACUUUUACAAAACAGUGGACUCGGUACGUUCGGUUCUCGACAGUUUAGAGUUACAAUACAAUGUGGAUGAUGACUGGUGCGCCGACGGAGAAAAGGCUGCCGGAAUACCGGCAAAUAUUACUAGACAUCAGGAGCAAAAGGAAGCCUUUCUCAAGGCGUGCACGCUGGUACGACGAACCGGAGAAACUUUCUUAAAGUAUAUCAAUCGUAGUCUACAAUUUUACAGCUAUCACGCUAACAGCGCCGGUUCCGCAAAUAAAGUCAAAAAUAUUCUCGAGGAGUUGGUCAGUAAGGAAAACAAGGUGCUCGAGUAUUGGACUCAGCGAAAGAAACGCUUAGAUCAAUGUCAUCAGUACGUUCUAUUUGAACGUAGCGCGAAACAGGCACUUGAAUGGAUAAAGGAGACUGGAGAGUUGUAUCUAGCAACACAUACCAACGUCGGUAAGAAUCGCAUUGAAAAUGAACAAUUGUUGCAAGAGCACAUUGAGUUUAAGGGCGCGGCGAAAGAAACGAGAGAGAGGGUGAAAUUGUUGAUUCAACUUGCUGACAAUUUGGUCGAGAGAGGUCACGCGCAUGCUACGGCGAUCAAACAGGCGGUCGCCGAGGUCGAUCAGCGAUAUAAAGACUUCAGCGCGCGAAUGGAUUGCUACAAGACGCAAAUCGAAGAUGAUCUCGGCAUUCAAUCCGACGAGGGACACAAAGAUCUCUCCAUCGAUCGUAAUUCGGAUCCGUUGCUGGAGGAGAAGAUCAAGGGUAAAGAUCUCAAGGAAUUGAACGAGGAGAAGAGAAGAUCCGCGCGAAGGAAAGAAUUUAUUAUGGCUGAACUCUUGCAAACCGAGCGUACAUAUGUAAAAGACUUGGAGACUUGUAUUCGUUGCUUUCUGGACGAAACGCGAUGCGGAAAGGGAAACGUUCCGCUGGGUUUACAAAGCCGAGAAUCGAUAAUUUUUAGUAAUAUAGAGGAGAUACAUCAGUUUCAUAGCAAUGUAUUUCUACGCGAGCUAGAAAAGUACGAAACCAUGCCGGAAGACGUUGGACAUUGCUUUGUAGUAUGGGCACCUAAAUUCGACAUGUACGUGACUUAUUGUAAAAAUAAGCCCGAGAGCAAUCAGUUGUUGGUAAUGCAUGGUGGAACGUGGUUUGAGGAAUUGCAGAGAAAGUAUAGAGUAGAACAUCCCAUCGCUGCAUAUUUAAUCAAACCUGUACAGAGAAUUACUAAAUAUCAGCUGCUACUUAAGGACUUACAGGCUUGUUGUCAAGAGGGACAGGGCGAAAUAAAAGAAGGGUUAGAAGUAAUGUUAAAUGUGCCUAAAAAAGCUAACGAUGCCUUACACUUAAGUCUAUUGGAAGGUUGCGAUGUUAGUACAGACGCGCUCGGUGAUGUUGUACUGCAGGAUUCGUUCACGGUAUGGGACCCGAAACAGUUGAUUAGGAAAGGAAGAGAUCGUCACAUAUUUCUUUUCGAAUUGUACCUUCUCUUCACGAAGGAAGUCAAAGAUUCUGCCGGAAAGGUAAAAUAUGUUUAUAAAAACCGCCUGUUGACCUCCGAAUUGGGCGUAACCGAACAUAUCGAAGGCGACGAAUGCAAAUUUGCAGUAUGGACAGGACGAGCACCGACCAGCGAUACUCGCGUAGUGCUGCGAGCGAAUUCGAUGGAUGCGAAGCAGCUAUGGGUGAUGAGGUUACGCGAGGUAAUACAGGAGACCUUUUUGGGCAAAAAUAUGCCAAAGAGCCCCGCUAAAAAGAGCUCCAGUCAACGAUCCAGCAGAGAUUUGGAGGAAUGCGCGUCUUUGGAUGAAAGUGUGGAGAAUCUCGAUAGAAAUUCAUUGGCUUCCUUUGGAUCAACUAAUACCACGGAUUCUGAUAAGACCGGAGUAGUGGAAAUGACAUGGGUGGUCGCCGAUCAUAUGGCGACACCGGGCUCGAGAGAACUCAGCGUGACGAAAGGGCAGCAGGUCGAGGUGCUGGAGAACGGCAGUAGCACCGGUACCACUCCCAGUGGGGUUCCUACUACCGGUGAAUGGACUCUGGUACGUUUACCACUCACGCCAGGGCAAGCCGAACCUCCCUUGGAGGGUCUGGUGCCCACCAGUGCUCUGAAACAGCCACCGACCGCCUCCUGCAAAACUUCGCCGUCCAGAAAAGCGUCCACGCAACAGCAGCAACAGUCGCAUCAGUAUCAUCAUCAUCAACAACAACAACAGUCGCAUCAUCAUCCGUCAUACCAUCAACAGCAGCAAAUCAAUCAGGCAAUCGUCCAAACACAACAGCAGCAGCAACAGCAAACUGCCGUCACAUCGUCGAUUACAGCCAAUACAUUGCCGUCGUGCACCGCAGCUAGCAUCGCACCGGUCACACAGCAGACGGCGUCGUUGACGACUUCGCUGUCGUCCGCGGUCCUGUCGCCGAUGUUAUCGGAGGAUGCAGAAACCACCGGAAGCGACGGUAGCGGGUCAACGACUAGUACAAAUUCACCUGGCAACAAGAGACGAGGUUUUAGCGGACGGAAGUGGCUCCCACCGCCUUUACGCAAACUUAGCCAAGGUAAAGUGGAGAAAACCAAUACUGUAGCUGUGUCGACGUCAUCGUCUCCUUUGAUUGGACCGUCUUUGAAGAAAAGCAGCUCGGAUAAACGCUUUAAAUUACCAAGCGGCAACGAGCAUAAUCGACCUGGCAAAACUGCGUUCGAUGCCCAAGAGGGUGAGGAAGGCGUUAAUAAGGAGGAGGAGAGUGAAGAGCAGCAUGAGGUCGACGUGGAUGUAGACGUUAUAUGUGAAAGUGACGAUACGAUAGCGGCGACAAGUUCGCAAGAGCAAAACGGUGGUGAGGAUGCCGACGACGAUUUGGAACUUCCUCCUCCGAUGAAGCCUAUAACCGAACCGAUACUUGUAACAACCGCGAAUGGUCCAUCAGGAUCUACGAUACCGAGUGAAUUGCCUGGGAAACGAUCUGUUGAGCGUUCGACGAAAAUUCUCGAUGGCGGCGCCACGACGGCCGAUCUGUCGGAGAUUGAGCAGAUUGUAAAGGAGAGAAUGGAGCAACAUACAGAAAAUCAGGAGAGGCACAGUCUCAUGCGAACCCCUAACGGGAAAUCGUUGAGCAACGAGGAAGAAUAUUGUAACGCAACCAUUAAUCCAAUUGCCGUCGAAGAAUUAGAUCCGGAAAGUACUGCACUCGCCAAGCGGCAAUUUGUUAUUCGCGAGCUGGUGGACACCGAGAGAGACUACGUCAAUGAUUUGAAGCACAUAGUUGAAGGUUAUAUGGCACUAAUGCGAAAUCCCGAUUGCGAGAUUCCCUUGCCGGAAGAUUUGCGCGGUGGGAAGGAUAAGAUGGUUUUCGGUAACUUAGAAGCUAUGUACGAGUGGCACAGAGAUUUUUUCCUUAAAGCUUUGGAACGUUGCUUAGAACGUCCUGAAGAGCUCGGACCUCUCUUUAAACGUUACGAGCGCAAGUUACACAUGUACGUGGUUUAUUGUCAAAAUAAACCCGUUUCGGAAUAUAUUGUGUCCGAAUAUAUAGAUACAUACUUUGAGGAACUUAGGCAAAAACUUGGACAUCGUUUGCAACUCUGCGACUUGCUCAUCAAGCCCGUACAAAGGAUUACAAAAUAUCAACUUCUUCUACGGGAGGCAUUGCGCCUCACUGAACGAACCCAAAGGUUAUCGGAAAUCGAAGGCCUCAGAGCGGCAGCUCAUGUCAUGCGAGUUAUUCCUAAAGCUGCAAACGAUAUGAUGGACGUUGGGAGAUUACAAGGUUUCGACGGGAAAAUAACAGCGCAAGGAAAGCUCUUACUGCACGGGCCGCUUCUAGUAUCAGAAAUAUCAAAUGUAUUGACGAGAGAAAGGGAAUGGCAAGUUUUUCUUUUCGAGCAAAAUAUUAUCUUUAGCGAAGCUGUCGGCAAGAAGACACAAUUUACCAAUCCUGCCUACAUAUACAAAGCACAUAUUCAGGUGAACAAAAUGAGUCUCGAAGAUUCGAAUGACGAUCCGGAGAAAUUUGUCAUCCGAUCGACGGAUCCUCGAAAGCCCGGGCUAGGAUUUUCUUGUAGCGUAGCGGAAGAAAGUAGUGGACCGCGCAGGCAGGAUUGGACAGACACGAUCACUGCCAUCCUGCAAACUCAGCGCGACUUUCUCAAGGCGAUACAGUCACCGAUUGCCUACCAGAAGGAACUUACCAAAGAUCCACUCCGUGCUGCAACCACCACCACCACCACCACUACCACGUCAGAACCUGUGAUUCGAGCAACCGUAUCGGUUCCUCCGACGCUGAUAGUCCCCGGGUCGACGAAUCGAGACAAGAGUAACGAUCGAGUAAGGACGAAUCAACAGCCAACGUUGCAGCGCUCUUAUACCGGAGGAUUGGAUCACGCGCAACCACGUACACCCAGCCCGACAAAGAGUAGGCUAAACUUCUUGGAAGGAUUUAAGAAUACUUUACGCACACGCUCGCCGGGUCGCAACAACUCCAUUCCGGUCGUUCCAGGUGCUCGUGUAAGAUUAGCUGCGGAUUGGGGAAAGUUACAUGCCGGAGACGAGUUGAUCGUUUCUCAUCUCGAUGGUCCAGGUCUAGUGGUAUCCCCAAUUAAUACCAAGAAUGAGCUAUGGAUUCCAGCGAGUCUUAUUUCGAACUCUGCAAUCAGUCGAGCGUGGUCAUUUCGACCGCGAAAGAUGGUCGAUUUUACGAAAAGCGAUCAUGCUGCCGAUGAGUCAAUGAUGACGCCCGAGGAAAAGACGCCGGCUAUCCUGAGCAGCCCGAUGUCGAUUCGCGCGACCGCCGGAGAAAUUGUUAGACUCUCUGUCGAGACGCACAAUGCGGACCGCAACAAUCAUGCGACCGUCACCUGGAAAAAGGAAGGCGAGGAUCAAUGUAUAAAAGAGAACGAUCGAUACCAGUUUCAACAGAGCAUGGGCUUUGUAUAUUUGCAAAUCACCGGUUGCCGGGCUUCGGACUCUGGCGUAUAUCAUUGUCAUAUCAAAUGCGAAACGGGCUCCUGCUCUGCGAGGAUUUCUCUGUCUGUCAUAGGCGGAAAAAGCAGCACUUUGGCACGCGCGUUAGGAUCCUCGAAAGUGGAAGUUGAUUGGGACAAACAAGAGAUCGGUAGCGCGUCAUGUAGCAUAGAAUGUCGAACUUUACCGUUACAACGAUGGGUGCCGGUGUUGAAGCAGGUUAAUGAACCGCCCGCUGUGCUGGAUGUGUCACCGGAUGCUUCGUACAGCUUUCGUGUGAUGGGCGAUGAUGGAAGCACAACCUCGCCGUCGAUCGUGGUGACGUUAUCAAGAUUAGACACAGACAGCGGGGCUGAAUGGGAAUCGAAGCAAUUUGUCUGUAGAUAUUUGGAACUGGACGAGCUGGGUAACGGUAGAUUCGGCAUAGUUCGUCGCGCCAGAGACAAGGGCACCGGUCAAGAAGUGGCUCUCAAGCAGAUUCCGCGUCACAAACAGUCAAGAUUGCUGACGCGGGCGGAAUAUGAUAUGCUAGCCUCCACUCAUCAUGUCAACAUCAUCAGAGCGUUCGCCCUAUUUGAGAACGCGCCUCGACCCGGCAUAGACACUAUUGUUCUGGAACUGGUCAAGGGCCCGACGUUAUUUGCAUAUCUGAGUGAGAAAACUGAGUACACCGAAGCGACAGCGACGCGAUACACUGGUCAGCUGUUAUCCGCGCUGUGCUGGUUACACUGUCGCAGCCGAAUGCAUUUGGACGUGAAACCGGAAAAUGUUCUCGUCGAUCAGGAGACGGAUCAGGUGAAGGUGAUAGAUCUGGGGGAAGCGGUGAGGACUCCGAUCGAUGAAGUUGUACCGCCUCCCUCUGAUUUGGAAUUUGCCGCGCCAGAAUCGGUGCUAGGUAGACCGACCGGUCCUUACACCGACAUGUGGGCCGUCGGAGUUUUUAUUUACGUUCUGCUAAGUGGUUUGUCACCUUUUCUGGAUGAUUCUGUGGAAGAGACCACCGCCAAUAUACUCAAGUGCGAUUUCUGUUUUCCCGACGAAUAUUUCGAGACGAUAUCCAGCGAUGCGAAAGAGCUCCUCGGAAGAUUAUUGCGUUUGCGUGGCGAGGACCGAGCGAAUGCAGAGUUUUGUCUUGGUUCGCCGUGGUUGAAGAUAUCGACUGGCGCUACCAUACUGUCUACUAGAAUGGCCGCAUUUAUAGAACGUCGCGCGCACUGUCUUAAAUUGCGUCAAGACCAUAAUGACAGCUUUUAUUCUUGAAACUAACAGUAUGCGAUAUAAGAGCAUGUUACUUAAAAUACAUGACAAAUUUGUAUAUGUAAAUAGCAGAAUAUACUUGUAAAUGUUUAACUGA